UCAGUACCAGUCGCCAGUCUUGGCCCCGGCCACAGCCAGCCAGCCAGGCGCAGCCAGGCAAGGACUCGCGUUCGACAGGCCGCCUGCUUGAAAUGCGUGCCGUUGUGCACCGUGAGCCCUGACCAGCGCGCCGCCCUUGACCGCGUCCUCCAGGACGAGGACCUGCACCGCCAGCGCCAUGGACAGCCUGUGGACGUACUGCGCCUUCCUGGCCGCCCUGGCCGUCCUGGUGCGCGGCGAAGAGGGGAGCGCCGCCAGCCAGGUCAGCCACGACCUCGUGAUGAAGCUGCUGAACCACCUGGCGGAGAAGCGCGACCCCCUGGUGCGGCCCGACCUCAACGCCACCAACCUGGACGUCACGCUGGGCGUCAAGCACCUCACGCUGGACGAGAGGUACUCCACCAUCAGCGUCAACGCCUGGAUCAAGAUGGAGUGGCGGGACACGCGGCUCGCCUGGGCAGACACGGAGGAGUUCAAGCCCAUCAUGAUGAUGCACUUGGAAAGCGGCUGGUACUGGAAGCCGGACUUUACGCUCAAGAAUAGCCUGGCAGGCAAGGCCGCGACACUGCAGGACAGCAGCGCGCAGCUGCUGGUGUACCCGGACGGGCGCGUGACCUGGACGCCGUCCGCCAUGCUGGAGUCGUUCUGCGACCUGGACUUGCGGCGCUGGCCCUUCGAGCAGCACGCCUGCACGCUGCAGUUCGGCUCCUGGACCCUGGACCGCGACGAGCUGACCUACGACAAAGUCAAAGUGCACCUGGAGUUUCCUGGGCAGACGGGCGAGUAUGUCGUGGACCGUGUGAUAAUUGACCAGGACUUGAUGGUGGAGCAGUCCAUUGACAGCGGGAGCCAAGAGUACGACCAGGUCGACUUCAUAUUCCUGGUUCAUCGGGAGCCGGGCACUUACCGAGCCAUCAUCUUCACGCCAGCCGCAGUGGUCAUUAUCCUCUGCCUGUCUACGUUCUGGCUGCCGCCACGCGCGGGCGAGAAGGUAGUCCUGGGGGGCGUCAACGCCAUGCUCAUCUGCUUCUUCCUCAUCUACUUCGCCCACAGCCUGCCGAUACUCACGGACCAGACGCCGUUCAUAGUGAUGUUCUACUCGGCCAGCUUGUACCUGGUGAGCGUGUCGCUGGUGGCGUCCGUCCUGGUGCUCAACAUAUCGCGGCAGCCGCACGCCGCCAAGCUGCCGUGGGCCCUCAUGAGCGUCCUGACGGGGCCGUGCGGCCGAGCCCUGCUCCUCACGGGCUACAUCGAGCAGAUCAUGGGCAUGGACGUAGGGCCGUGCCGCGGCCGCGCGGGCAGCCGGCGGCAGGAGGAGGUGCCCGUGGUGAUGCACGAGGAGCUGACGGAGACGCUCACGUUCGGGCAGCGGCAGGGCGACGCGGCGGGGCCCCAGGAGCAAGGAGAGUCCGGCAGGGCCAGCAGGGCCACGGGGGAGAUCGCCUGCCGCAGCGUCAACCCCAACAUGGACUGGCUGCUCCUGGGCGCCGCCAUCGACCGCGUGCUGUUCGUCGUGUACUCGCUGCUGUUCGUCUGCCUCGCCAUCGCCUUCCACCUCUAGGAGCCACGCCGCCUCACUGCCACGGCGUUUGUAACAGUGAGCGAACCAAUAAUAAAAAAAAAACGCCAGUUGUCUCAUUUUUUAA